AUGAGGCCUCCCAAGCUUGUUGCGUUGCUCUCUCUGGUCGCUCCCUCCAGCUGCUGGCCCAAAAUCAAAGACCAAGUCAGCCUUCAAUGGUCGAUCUGCGAAGCGAAUCCUCACACGGUGUUGACGAAACUGGGCGCCGUGGGCCGCAACCCGGACAAACUGGACCCGAUCACCUACUAUGAUACUUCUCCCCCGGUGUACACACACCAGGGGCUCAUGUUUCGAACCAAAGUUCGCGGUGGUCGAGAGAUCUCUGUGGUGAAGAUUCAGCCGGCGGUACCGAAAUCUCAUAUGCGCCAUCACGCGAAGGUCUGCCGAUGGGAUCGGUAUGGUGAUGAGACAACCUUUGUGUGCAAGCGACAAGAUCCUCUUAAAAUAUCCCACCUCUGGACCACAAGGCAAAGGGAGUUGGCGGAGGAUUUCCAGAGCGACAUCACCUGGGAGAAACUCGUUGGCUACGGUCCGUACCCAAAUCCUAAGUGGAAGACGCUGCGAGUCGAGGGAUACAGGGCUGUCUUAGACGAUGUGGCCGUCCAGUCCCUGCAUCUGUUGGAGUUGGAAGUCAAGGUACAUCGCGCGGAGGAGGAUAGAGCCUACCAGGUCAUCACGGAGUAUCUCAGCGCGCAAGGGGUGGUGUUGUGUACCCGGCAGGAGCCCAAGACCAUGCGGUUGUUUCGUGCGAUGGGCUUUGUCACGACUCAGGACGAGUCUCAGGAUGUGUACACUCACGAUCUCUAG